AUGGCCUCCCAACUAGGGCCACCGUCGCCGUCGCAGGCGCCGGCGAAGUAUGAUCCAGCGGCCACCACCAUCGCUGCCAUCGGCGACGACCUCCUGCGCGAGAUCUUCCUCCGCCUCCCCACCCUCCCGAGCCUCGUCCGCGCCGCCCUCUCCUGCCGCACCUUCCUCCGCGCCGUCCGUUCGUCCCCCGCCUUCCGCCGCCGCUUCCAGGCGCUCCACCCCCCCCAGCUGCUUGGCUUCUUCAGCAACCCCUUCCGCACCGCCGUCCCUGCUUUCGUUCCCUUGCGAAGUCGCUGCGACCCCGACCUCGCGGCAGCCGUCCGCGGCGCCGAUUUCGCCCUCACCCGCCUACCGGAAGACGGCGACGACUGUCUGUGGGAGAUCAACCACUGCAGCUCUGGCUACGCCAUCCUACAGAACGAGAACUCGGACCAGAUCACUGUCUACAACCCCCUCACGCAGGCGCUGGAGAUCUUCCCCUACCCGCCUCAGGAGGCCUGCAAUCCCCACUAUCUUGAUUUCCGCAUCAUCUUUUCGGGAGAGGACCGGAGGUCGUUCCGCGUGGUAUGUGUUCGUCGCCGCAGACGGCGCCGGCGGACCAUGGUUCGCUUCUCUGUCUUCUCGUCAGACAGCAGGGAGUGGCAGGGUUUCUCGUGGUUGGACACCUCAAUGCCGCAGCCCGGGGUUGAUGGAGGUGAUAAGACCAUGCUCUCGCCUUACACUGCUACGCCGACGGAUGAAUUUGAUAGAUUAGUCUACUGGAAACACAGAAGCCAACCAUAUAUAGUCGUCCUCAAUGCUGCGACGCUGCAGUUAUCUCGAAUCGAUUUGCCGCCACCCUUGAAAGAUAUAGACAACGCACAAUUUAGGCUUGGUCCGACCAAGGAUGGUAAGCUCUCUAUGUUUUUCAUAGAUGAUCAAUUUGCAGACAAAGGAAUGCUCUCUGUUUGGUUUUGGAGAGCCGAUGGUAUUGGUGACGGUGCUGAGAAAUGGGCGCCGCACAAGACUUUCCCACUGGACAAAUUUCUUGAUUUCACCGUGCAUUCAGAAGAGUAUGAUGUCGCAGCGCAGGUUGUGGACGUCAUAGGUGGCUUUUUGUACCUAUGCAUUUAUGAUGGGUCUACCUUGUGCUUCCUAUCCUUCUGCCUGGAAACAGAGAAGGUAAACGAGUUCUUCGAUAAUAGAGUUGACUGCAGUGUCCAGCCCUACAUCAUGGCAUGGCCUCCUUCUUUGGUAUGCAACAAGGAGGAUUCAGAAACCAAAGUUACGAGAGACAGUGUAGUGGAUGAUGAUCAUGUGGGCACAGAAGAAACUCCCUCUGUUAUUCUCACAGCAUUGCAAUCAUAUAAAGAAGCUCUGAUUAAUGGCGAUGGGGCAAAAGUUGCAGAGAUAGAGGCAUUUCUACUUUCUAUCGAGGAUGAGAAGAAUGCUCUUGUGAGAAAAAUCACUACUCUAGAUGCAGAAUUAACAAAUGCGAGAGAUCAUAUCUUGAAGAUAAGUGCCGAAUGCAAUGACCACAGGAGAAGGGCAGAAACAGAUAGGUGA